AUGUUUGAUGUAGCACCGGAGGAUUAUUAUGGUAAUGUGGGACCGUGGUCCAAACCAGUAUCUUUCCAAAAUUUCAAACCUGGUGAGGAGUACAAUAAUUGGUCUGGCAGUCCAGGCAGCGAAUCAGCUGGUCACCGGAGCGGUUCCAGCGAAGACGGGGAACCGGAGGAAGUCCUAGGUUCGGACGAUGAAGAGCAAGAAGAUCCUCGCGACUAUAGGCGUGGAGGGUACCACCCCGUUAAUAUAGGCGACGUCUUCAAUAGAAGGUAUCACGUUAUUCGUAAGUUGGGUUGGGGUCACUUUUCAACUGUUUGGCUAUGUUGGGACACCAAGGACAAGCGAUUUGUUGCAAUGAAAAUAGUAAAAUCGGCGGACCACUACACCGAAGCUGCACAAGAUGAAAUUAAACUUUUACUUGCCGUGCGGGAGGCUGAUCCUGAGGACCCCGGAUGUCAGAGGGUGGUCCAACUGCUCGACGAAUUCACUGUUAGUGGUGUCAACGGUGUUCAUACAUGUAUGGUCUUUGAGGUCCUUGGAUGCAAUCUCCUGAAAUUAAUUAUCCGAUCAAAUUACCAGGGUCUUCCACUCGAACAGGUUCGGAAAAUCACCAAACAGGUACUCGAAGGUCUCAGGUAUUUGCAUGAGAAAAGCAAAAUUAUUCAUACGGAUAUCAAGCCGGAAAAUGUUCUGGUCACGAUGAGCCAUGAGGAAAUCAAGCUUAUGGCGCAGCAUGCUGUUGUUGCUACUAAAAUGAAUUUGAAAUUGAGCGGAUCAGCCGUAAGCACAGCACCCAGUCAUGUUCAAAAAAAGGUACAAGAGAAUAUGACGAAAAAUAAGAAAAAGAAGCUGAAGAAGAAAGCGAAAAAGCAGCGGGAGCUAUUAGAGUCUCAACUAGCUCAGAUGGAAGGGCUAACUGUUGACGCGAAUGCCCUUCAAGAAGUGCUCAAUAGUGCACCUGUAAUCGCAGAUACUCCACUGUCACCAUCGAAUCCUUUCUCCAUGCAACAACUUCCGUCCGUCUUGCCUACUCCCCCUGUGGGGCCAAACUUGAAUGAUCCCUACGCCGAUAUUGAAGUGAAAAUAGCUGAUCUGGGUAACGCUUGCUGGACACAUCAUCACUUCACAGAAGAUAUUCAAACAAGGCAGUAUCGAUCUUUAGAAGUAUUGAUAGGAGCCGGUUAUGGCCCUCCUGCGGACAUUUGGAGUACUGCGUGCAUGGCGUUCGAACUCGCUACAGGCGACUAUCUUUUCGAACCACAUAAUGGUGAUAAUUACUCUCGGGAUGAGGAUCACCUUGCCCAUAUUUGCGAACUUCUUGGGUCUAUUCCUCCAUCUGUAUAUAAGAAGGGACAACAUUGGAAGGAGUUUUUCAACAAGCAAGGGCGUUUGCUUCACAUACAUCAAUUGAAGCCUUGGCCUCUUCUUGACGUUCUGCGUCAAAAAUAUGAUUGGCCUUUCGAGCAGGCACGGCAGUUCGCCUCUUUCCUUAUUCCGAUGCUCGCAUUUGAUCAGGAUGAGAGGAUUACUGCCGCACAAGCUCUCGAGCAUGACUGGCUGAAACCGUUUGGUGGUAAACCCCCACCACCUGAUGUUCCCAUAGAGGUAACUUGUGCAGUCAUAUUGGCUGUGUCCAUGAAAUGCCGAUUUCGAGUCGUUUUCAGGUCCUAA